UUUUAAACAACGUUAGCUUUCAUACAUAGCGAGAUGUGUAAAUCUGAGGGGAUGAGUGAAUUCUUUCAUAUGGGGAAGCCAUUUUUUGCUGUUGUUUUCAUACAGUUCGGGUUUGCAGGCAUGUGCAUUCUUUCUAAACUGGCAUUGAAUGAAGGAAUGAGCAAUUACGUAUUUGUUGUUUAUCGCCAUGCAGUCGCCACUCUUGUCAUGGCCCCUUUCGCGAUUCUUCUUGACAGGAAAACUAGGCCAAAAAUGACACGUCCGAUUUUCUUCAAGAUUAUGAUUCUUGCAUUACUAGAGCCAGUUAUUGAUCAAAAUCUUUAUUUUAUGGGUCUCAAAGCUACCACAGCCACUUUUGUAGCUGCAAUGUCGAAUGUUCUUCCUGCUAUAACUUUUGUCAUGGCAUGUAUUUUAAGAGUUGAGAAGCUAAACCUAAAGAGCAUCCGUAGUCAGGCCAAGGUAUUAGGGACAAUGACAACUGUUGCAGGUGCCAUGGUGAUGACACUUAUUAAAGGCCCGAUUUUAGAGCUUUUUUGGACAAAAGGAAGAACGUAUCAUGAAGUUGCAACCAGUGGGGUAGAUCUUCACAAUUCUCUCAAGGGUACUUUUAUGAUCACUCUUGGAUGCGUCAGUUGGUCUGGUUUCAUGAUUUUGCAAUCGAUCACCCUAAAGUCUUAUCCCUCUGAGAUAUCUCUAACUGCUUGGAUAUGCCUAAUGGGAACAAUUGAGGGAGGGAUAUUGGCAUUGAUAAUGGAGAGGGGAAAUCCCACAGCCUGGGCAAUAAAGUGGGACACCACACUAAUGGCAACUGUAUACACAGGAAUAGUGUGUUCGGGUCUAGCAUAUUACAUCCAAGGACUAGUAAUGAAAGUCAAAGGUCCUAUUUUUAUGACUGCAUUUUAUCCAUUGUGCAUGGUAAUUGUAGCUGUGAUGGGUUCCAUCAUUCUAGCUGAGCAAAUGUACCUAGGAAGGGUUAUCGGAGCCAUUGUCAUAGUUGCAGGGCUUUAUCUUGUUGUUUGGGGUCUUAGCAAGGACAACAAGCUUCCAUCUGUACCCAUUGACGAGAAAAUAAUAGCACUAGAAGAACAGAUGCCGGAUAAAGAAUGUGAAGAAAGUCUUUAUCAGAAGGUCAUAAUAACCGUCUAAUAAAUCUCAUGUUCUAAGCAUUCUCAUGUCUCUAAUAAGUGUGUGUCAUGCACGUGGAUACCACUGUUGUCAAUAUCUCAAAUGGAAAUUCCAUUGUUAUCCAUAUUACCACAUGUUUUAUUAAUGUUAUGGAGUCUGAAAAAAUCACUUAAUCAAAGUUUUACGUGGUGAUGUAGCGUUAUUAUCGUGACUACUAAAAUCUGAUCCAUUGAAUAGGCAUCGUAAUCUUUAUGUUUGUUGAAGGUACCCAUGGGUACGCUAUUCUAAUGUCGUGUGGUGAAAAAUCAAGAUUCUUGUAUUAUUCUUUCUGAAAAUAUAUAUAUGAA